GGGUUUUUAUCUCGAAACACUGUGUUUAUACGAAAMGAAAUAAUAAUACUUGAUAGAAAUAGGCUAAAAGAAAAGCRUUUGUAUCAGUUAAUGCAAGAUGGUGAAGAACAAGGCGCCUCAAGAGAAAAAUAUUCAAGUUGCAGUCCGUUGUAGACCGCGAAGUAGCAAGGAGAUCAAAGAUGGCUCUCCGUCCAUUGUGGAAUGCGAUUCCCAUAAGCGAGAAAUCACAAUCAAGCAAGAUAUUGGUAAUAAUGCAAGUACAACCAAGACGUUCACUUUUGAUAAGGUCUUCCCACCUGAUGCUAAACAAUAUGAUGUCUACAAAGCUGUUGUUCAACCCACAUUAGACGAAGUGCUGUUGGGAUACAACUGUACAAUCUUUGCUUAUGGGCAAACUGGCACAGGUAAAACGUUUACUAUGGAAGGAGAAAGAAGUGAGRCGAAUUGUUCUUGGGAGGAAGAUCCCUUGGCUGGUGUGAUACCAAGGGCAUUGCAUCAAUUACUGGACAAACUAAACAGCCAAACUGACUGUGAAUACUCCGUGAGGGUUUCAUUCCUGGAAAUAUAUAAUGAGGAACUGUUUGAUUURUUGAGUCCAAGCUUGGACAACCAGAAACUAAGAAUCUUUGAAGACUCUGCAAGAAAGGGCUCAGUUGUGAUUCAGAACCUAGAAGAGAUGGUUGUACAUGACAAAGAUGAAGUCUAUCAAAUACUAGAAAAAGGAAGAGCUAAACGCCAGACUGCUGCAACAUUAAUGAAUGCACACUCAAGUCGUUCCCAUUCAUUGUUUUCUGUGACUAUUCACAUCAAAGAAAAUUCUGUCCAUGGAGAGGAACUUCUAAAGACAGGAAAACUUAACCUUGUGGAUCUGGCAGGAAGUGAAAACAUUGGAAGGUCUGGAGCUGUUGAUAAAAGAGCCAGAGAGGCAGGAACUAUCAACCAAAGUCUUCUUACUCUAGGGAGAGUCAUUACAUCGCUGGUAGAAAGAGCUCCACAUGUCCCCUAUAGAGAAAGUAAACUAACAAGAUUGCUACAAGACUCUCUUGGAGGACGAACAAAGACCUCCAUCAUUGCAACUAUCUCUCCUGCAGUAUGUAAUGUUGAGGAAACUCUUAGCACCCUUGACUAUGCUCACAGAGCCAAAAACAUCACCAACAGACCUGAAAUCAACCAAAAGCUYACCAAGAGAGCUCUUAUCAAGGAGUACACAGAAGAAAUUGAAAAGCUCAAAAGAGAUCURAAUGCUGCCAGGGAAAAGAAUGGCAUAUUUCUUGCUGAGGAGAAUUAUAAUGCAAUGCAAGCCAAGAUUCAGUCACAAACGUCCCUGAUCACUGAAUAUGAAGCCAAGAUUGAAUCUAUUGAAGCUGAAAUGAAGAAAGUYAGUGAACUCUUUUCUGACACYCAGUGUGAGCUAGAGCAAAGGUGUGAAGAACUWCACAACACAAGACAGAAUCUCCAAACUACCAUGGCAACCCUGCAAACAACAAACACGAAUCUUAAGAAGACAACAGUAGAAAGAGAYGAAAGCAACUUCCUCAUUGAUGUCCAUGCCAAACAGGAAUCCAUCUUACAUGACAAAGCAUCACAAUUACUAAGUGUUGUUAAUGACAGUGUYAGUGAUGUUACUAGCCUUCAUGAUAAAUUACAAAGGAAAACUAGUGUUGAAGACCACAACAAAGCUGUCAAUAAGACUUUUGAAGGCUCCUUUAGUGAAAUGGUUGCYGGUAUGGAGGCAAAUAUUGCAGCUUURCAGAGAAAUUGUUCWGGAUAUUUUGAACAGCUGCCUCAAGACAUAGAUGAUUUCAUUGUGGCAAAGUUCAAACAAUGGAAUGAAGAUWUGGAYAAACACAACGACAAAAUGGUUGARGACAUGCAGACUAACGAAAACAAUCUUGGCGAUUUGAUUCAGGUUCAAAGAGAUAACACAAUGAAAUGGGCUGAAGAACUGGUGUCAAGAAGUCAAAAGAAGAAGGAUGAGAUAUCAGAUACAGUUAGUGUAUUCCAGGAAUCACAUGUAUCACCUCACUUUGAGUGCAUGCAGGAUGCCUAUAAAGGUAGCAUGACAGGGAUGUUAGAGAUGGCGGCUUUUAUGAAAGAAAAGAUGAACCUCUACUAUCAAGAAGUGAGAACCUACAUUGAAGGUCAAAGUGUUUUGCUGGAGAGCUUGUCAAAGAUUGUGAGCAAUCACGGCAUACAACAGAAUCAAACUUUGGAUGAAGUUACAAAAGAUGCUGAUUCAUUCCUGAAAGAAGAGCAAGCUGUGCAAAAGUUGGUAAAAGAAGAUAUCAUGAAACAGAUUUCCUCACACCUUGAUACCAUCUUUGAAGGCCAAACGUCCAGAUUACAAGGUCACGUGAAUAAGGUUAAGUGUCAAAUGAAGGAAGCACAGGACUUUGAAGAAGCAACAAAUAAAGAAUUCCAAAGUCAAUUUGAUGCUCUUCAUAACUGUGCUAGUCAAUUUGUCACAAGAUGUUCAGACCUUGCAACAUCAAAUAUCCAAGAUUUCCAGAGUAAAACUGACCAGGCUACUGAAGAUGUUCAAAACACCAAGAAACAGUGUGAGACUUUUGAAUCAGAAUUGAGAAAUAAUACAAGCAAAGUUCACAAGCUCAACGAGGAAUGGCACAGGAGCCUAAAUGAAUCUUUCCAACUUCACAAAGAAAUGAUCCAAUCUAGCUACACUGAACAACAAGAACUCAUCAAGACUUCAAACGAAAUCCUGACAUCCAACCAAAGUCAAAUGAAAGAAACUCUGCAAGACCAUACGAACGAAUUGCAAGAAACAGUUUCCACUUUAAAGCAAGGAAUAAGGGACCAGUCACGUGACACUAUUGACUGGUCAUGUAAUAUGUCAAGCACAAUUCAUGACUGUAGCCAGCGUGUUAUUCGACAUUUAACCAAUGAUAUCAAAGAAGACCAGCCAACCGGUACCACGCCGCAAAGAAAGACUUACUCUUAUCCUAAUGAUCUCAAGAUGACUUCACCUCAUGAUACACUUAGAGCGAGAUUCCACGAGACGUACGUAMCUCCAAGAACACCAGAACUACCAGUCUUCCAGGCCGAAAGUGUGUCGAGUACAGGAAGCAUUGWUGAUCCCAUCCCAGUGUUUGAUUUAAGUAGAGACACAGUCAGCGAUAGUGGUGAUGUUCAACCCAAUGUCGAUAAUAUUAUUGAAGAUAAAGAAAACUCCGUAUUUGUCGCACCAGAGGCACCAGUGCGACYUAAAUCAAAGAGCACAGACACUYCGCGUGAUAAAGAAAACAGUAAAAUACCUCAACCGUCUAAACUCAGAACACCUAGUGAUCGGGUCAAGGUACCACUUCGUUCCUCCAACACUAAGUGAUGAACUACAACUUAUAUUGAUGAUUUUACCAAAAGAAUUAGACUCGUACCAGUCCUUUCUCUCGCCUUUUGAACGGCGCGCAAAGAAGAGUGUAACGACUGGGUAUGAAUCUGGAAUAAUCCAGUUUCCAAUUCUCCAAUGCUCUGUGUUAGCCUCAUUCGUGCGCAAAAUAUUCCUAAUUGUGAAAAUAAAAGUGUGAGAUUUCAAAUCAAUUCCAUUGUCUUUCUUUUCAAAUUCCAUGCGUUUUCUCGGGCCAUCAAUGAAACAAAAGAAUAUUUUGCGUGGUUUUGAGGCUAACACAGAGCAAACCAGAACUCGAAAUCGGAGUAUUGGAUUCAAGGAGUAACAGACGUUAGUGCGAGUACUAUACCCUAGUAGGCAACUUUUUAUAUUAUUACAAAUUUAGGUUGCGUUGUACUUGCAUAGGCAAUUUCUGAGAUAUCAGUUUACAUUGCAUUCUGGUUUAUAUUCAGUGCAAACAUCUUUGGUUCAUGCUGCCAAAUAUGGCAUUGUUUGUACUGAAGCUAGACUACAAUGCACCAUGAUUUUAUAUUUCAGAAUAGCGAUAUGUGAAUUAUUCUGAUAUCCGCAUGAUAGUUUUCAGAAUGAGGCUCGAUGAGUCGAGUUAAAUACUUUUUAGUUACAGCAGAAAUCGUUGCAUCGCGACCUCUUUGUUUUGAAGUUUGUCUGGAUUUUGUUCUCCCUUUCAAUCUGAGGGGCGGAGCUUUUCGAAAACUCGUUCAAUCAUUGGCUGAUUAGUAUCAAGCUCCKCCCCCRAGUCGCAGAAAAACCURAAUCCCAAGUAUUUUCUUUGAACAUCGAAGUCGCGAUGCAACGGUUUCUGCUGUAAGACAAAAGAAGAUAAUGCAAAAAAGGACAGAAACUUGGAAUAAAUUCGCAUCUCUGUAACUUAUAUUAGCAUUGUCGUCAUUUUCUAUCAUAGAAGUAAGAUUAGGUCAUUUCUAGAUUAAACUCGUGAAAUAAUUAUUUUCUAUUGCAUAGCUUUCUUCAAGUGCCGGUAAUAUCGGCAUGGAUAUUUUAGACUUCAUAGCAAAAUUUUAUUUAUUCCAUAUUGCAUUGCAUUGCAUUUCUUUGGGCAACUUGGGAAGAGAACUUGGGAAGAGGCUAGACUUCCCAGGAGUUUCYGGCGAAGAAGUUCUUUCCACGGUCAGGUUUUUGUCCCUACAUAGGAAACCCAAUGAUUGCCUGUAAUAUUAUAGUGAGUUGUAGAUAUGGAACCUGGUUUUAUGUUAAUCAAAUAGAUCAAACAUGAGGACGAGUGUUUGAUCGGUGUAUCAAGAGAAACUUUCAGGAAGUGAUUUUUCAUUGUAUUAUUCAUGAGCUCGAGAAACAAUUUACAAAGUCUGAGACAUGUUGACAAUUUUAUUAAAAAUAUUAUAAAGUA